CACCGCUUGCUUUCGUUCCCAGGCUCUGGCCUACGGCGGGCGAGGAUUCCGGAGCCUGAAGGGCUGGACGCCGUCUGGCCCGGCUGGCACCCAGCGGGCGCGGGCUGUGCGGGCGAGGGUUCGCGUGGGCUGGGCAGAGGCGGGAACGGGGACCCCCGAGCGCGAGCCCCGGAGCCCGCGGGCUGGGCCGCAGGGGCCGGGCGGGCGGCGGCGACGCAGUGCCAGACCUUCUGCGGCGCGCGGCACAGCGAGGCCCCGGGAGGGACGUGGGCCUGAAGGGAGCUUGUCCCGUAGGCCCAGAGCCGGCUCCUCGGGCCCAGUGGCCUCGGGAGGCGGAGAGGAGGGACCCCGGAGAGGAGCGCGCCGGAGGAGCAGCCCCCGGCCCGGAGCCUCGGGAGCCCGGGGCUGGUCAGCGAGUCCCGACUGGGUACACCGUUUACAGUCUACGAUUUUUCCAAGAGCAGCAGAAAAUGAAUGAAUCCCAGGUAUGCAUUUGAAUAUUGUCAGAGGUCUUUUCAGCAUCUUCGGAAAUGGGCCAGUGUCAUUCAAGGACGUGGCCGUGGACUUCACUCAGGAGGAGUGGCAGCAGCUGGACCCUGAUGAGAAGACAACCUACAGGGACGUGAUGCUGGAGAACUACAGCCAUCUGGUCUCCGUGGGGUACGACAGCACCAAACCGAACGUGAUCCUCAAGUUGGAGCAGGGAGAGGAGCCUUGGGUAGCAGAUGGCGAGUUCCCACGGCAAUUUCACCCAGAAGAAGUCUGGAAAGUUGAUGACCUGAUGGAGAGAGCCCAAGAAAAUAAAGACGAAUGUUCAAGGCAAGCUGUUUCUAUCAACAGCAGAACCCUGACUGAGGAGAGAGAGGUUGCAUUUGAUAAAACUUAUAACAUGGAAAUAAGCCUUGUUCCUUCAAACCUAAUAUCUCAUAAUUGUGUCUCAUGUGGAAAGAUUUUGGGAUCUACUUCAGAAUUAAUUAUUAGUGAUGGAAGCUAUGCAAGAAAGAAACCUGAUGAGUGUAGUGAAUGUGGGAAAACAUAUCAUGGAGAGAAACUCUAUGAAUUUCAUCAAAAUGGGGAAGCCUUUUCUCAAAAUGAAGAAAGUAUUCAGAAAAUUAGUAUUUUGGAGAAACCCUUUGAAUAUAAUGAAUGCACAGGAGCCUUAGACAAUGAAGCUGUUUUCAUUACUCAUAAGAGAGCUUAUAUGGGGGAGAAGCCCUAUGAUUGGAAUGAUUCUGGAUCAGACUUCAUCCAGAUGUCAAGUUUUAAUGUAUACCAGAGAUCACAGAUGGAGUUGAAGCCCUUUGAAUGCAGUGAGUGUGGAAAAUCCUUCUGUAAAAAGUCAAAAUUCAUUAUACACCAGAGGGCUCACACUGGAGAGAAACCUUAUGAAUGUAACGUAUGUGGGAAAUCCUUCAGCCAAAAAGGAACCCUCACUGUACAUCGGAGAUCACACUUAGAGGAGAAGCCCUAUAAAUGCAAUGAGUGUGGGAAAACCUUCUGUCAGAAGUUACACCUCACUCAACACCUGAGGACUCACUCAGGAGAGAAACCCUAUGAAUGUAAUGAAUGUGGGAAAACCUUCUGCCAAAAGACACAUCUCACCUUACACCAGAGAAACCAUUCAGGAGAGAGACCGUAUCCAUGUAACGAAUGUGGGAAAUCCUUCUCCCGCAAGUCAGCCCUCAGCGACCAUCAGAGAACGCACACAGGAGAGAAACUUUAUAAAUGUAAUGAAUGUGGGAAAUCCUACUACCGAAAAUCCACCCUUAUUACACAUCAGAGAACACACACAGGAGAGAAACCGUAUCAGUGUAGUGAAUGUGGGAAAUUCUUUUCUCGGGUGUCAUAUCUCACUAUCCAUUACAGAAGUCAUUUAGAAGAGAAGCCCUAUGAAUGCAAUGAAUGUGGCAAAACCUUCAAUCUAAACUCAGCCUUCAUUAGACAUCGGAAAGUACACACAGAUGAGAAACCCCACGAAUGUAGUGAGUGUGGAAAGUUCUCAUAUCUCACCGACCAUCACACAACUCACUUAGGAGAGAAACCCUAUGAAUGUAGUGAAUGUGGGAAAACCUUCCUUGAAAAUUCAGCCUUCGAUGGGCACCAGUCACUUCCCAAAGGGGAAAAGUCCUAUGAAUGUAACAUGUGCGGGAAAUUGUUCUCUGAGCUGUCAUACUAUACUAUACAUUAUAGAAGUCAUUCAGAAGAGAAGCCCUACGGAUGUAACGAAUGUGGGAAAACCUUCUCCCAUAACUCAUCCCUCUUUAGACAUCAAAGAGUCCACACAGGAGAGAAACCCUACGAGUGUUACGAAUGUGGGAAGUUCUUCUCUCAGAAGUCUUACCUUACUAUACAUCAUAGAAUUCAUUCAGGAGAGAAGCCCUAUGAAUGUAGCAAGUGCGGGAAAGUUUUCUCUCGGAUGUCAAACCUCACCGUACACUAUAGAAGCCAUUCAGGAGAGAAGCCCUAUGAAUGUAACGAAUGUGGGAAAGUCUUUUCUCAGAAGUCAUACCUCACUGUGCAUUAUAGAACUCAUUCAGGAGAGAAGCCCUAUGAAUGUAACGAAUGUGGGAAAAAGUUCCAUCACAGGUCAGCCUUCAAUAGCCAUCAGAGAAUUCACAGGAGAGGGAAUAUGAACGUACUUGACAUGGGAAUGCUCCUCUGAAGUCAAAUCUCAUUUUAGAAAACCCUCUGCACAUAAUGAGUAUGGGAAGUCAGUCGAGAGUCAGAUAUCACUGUCUGAGAGUUCAUGUUUCUGAAUGAGGAAAAGCAUUUAGGUGUUAGAUUUAUUCUAAUCUGAAUUUUCAUAGAGAAGAGUCCCUAAAACUGCAACAAGAAGCAAAGCCUUCAGCAAGACCCUACAACUCAUUGGACACUAGACAGUUUAUAAAAGAGUGAAACUCUAUGAAUAUUUUAUGUUUAUUUUGGAUUCCAAUUGUAUUCACAUAUCAGGGAAUCAUACCAAGGUGAAACCUGUUAAAGUGAUGAAUGUGUAAAAUACGUUGUCUUGGAAAUUGUUAUACUGAAAGCCAUAUUUCUGAUAUAAAAUCAGAUGUUUUUAGGAAUGAUAUCAGAAGCUAUCAGCUCUGAAUAAACCUUCAUUGCAGAAAAUGAAGUUUUAAAAUCUUCUGGAGUUGA